CAGCGUUGCUGCCCUGGGUCACUUUGAUUUUAGUGUUUCGAACUUAAACUUCGCUGGUGCGCACAGUGUUCGCCCCACGAUCAGAUCGUCAGGUUGUUGCGGAAUUCCACUAUUUCCAUUAUCAAUUCGUAGAGUGCACACAGGGGCACAGACAGUCGCCGGGAAACAUGAACGCUUUGUACGUGACAGUGUCGAUACCGUUGCUACUCCUUCUCGCCGGAUUCAAUCAUGCACAUGGUUUGACAACUUUCGGCAAGACGCAGAGCAAUAAUAAUGCGCCUCCACCACAACCGCCCGCUAAAACCUGCACGAAUCAUACAACAUGCAAUGGCAUCAAUGGAGCGAGCUGCGUCCAGGAUCCCCGUGACCACCACAAAAAGAGCUGUCUGUGCGGCGACAACGUGCCACCCCAAAACGGUAUCUGCAAAGCCAACUAUCGUGGCCCGAACCAUCGCUGCACGGAAAACAUUCAAUGCGUGGAAGGCGCUAAAUGUGUGCCACUGGGAAAGAACCCGCCGCCGAACGGAGAUAAAGCCUGUAAAUGCAUGGAGGGUCUCGUCGAAAGCCACAACAUGUGCAACGGAGGAAUACCGCUGAGCGCUCUCUCCGGAUUGAUCGUUCUAAUGUCGGCCAUCGCCAGGACAUUACUCUUCAAUUAAUCCGAAACGUAUUGAUUAUGGUUUUUGAGUUGAAUUUUGAGUUGGACAAAAAAACUAGCAACUAGCAAACUAAUUAACUUAUCUCUAGUCGCCACUCUUGAAACGCCAAUCAUAUCAAGUCGCUUUCUAGUUGAAUGCAAUGGGUGCUCCAUGUAAGUAAUGAAUGCCUCGUAACAAUCAACCUAGUCGUAAAUAAAUAUACCUAUUCACCAUUUAAAAGUAUGAGGAAGUAAUAAGUAAACCUGAAUUCUAAAUAUAUUCAUAAGCGCACUAUUGUGGUUCACAACACACUGGCGAGUGUGACUAGCGAGUUAAUGUUAAACGAUACUGUACCAUAAUUGAUAUAUACAUAUAUAUAUUAUCCAGUCUCACCGAUUCGUCACUUUGAAAUGAUUUGCUUGGUUCCACAUCCGAUCGGAUGUCGCAUACACGAUGAGCGCGCCCGAGCGCCCGGCCUUACGCAAUGUUUCUUUCCGACUCAAUAUGCGCACGUGUGACCAAUGUAAUAUAUUUCGCCAUCUGCGCUUUAGCAAACGUAAACCUCUAGCCGUAGACGCCAACCACGAUGCAUAAUUUUCAUAUGAAACAACAACGAAAUUCUGUACUUACUGUAAUUUUAUAUGUACUGUGCAUUGUUUAUGAAUAAAAAUACGAAUAUAAACUA